UGGCAACACUAAGUUGUGGAAUUUAUAUUUUGUGUAAUGGCAAUGUUUCUCUCUCUCUCGUCUCGGCUCCCACGAAUACACAAGUGUGUUAUCUGAAGAUUGUGUUUUAAUCAAGAAACCCGCAGUAUCCAGCCCUAUCAUACACAAAUACGCGCGCGGCCGCGCCUCAUGGUCCUUCGAGAUAUUUAUGAAGAUCUGUGGGUUGACCAGAAACCACUUGUAAAAAACGCAAGUAUUCGCAAUUUGGGAAGCACAACAAGGACGCCAUUUUCGUUCAUUCGUCGUUUGGGUCGCAAUUCGCUCAGCAUCCAAUCAAGCAGCACGCAACAAAUCGCAACCAGGUGGCGCUGUAACCGCAAACCCGAUUCGUGCCGAUUGUGGUGUCGACCAUCGCCGAAGAAAGAAAAGGACGCAAAACUUGCAACGAGACCGAGUGCAAGCAGGACGGCAAGAACUUCGUGCAACACCUUCAAUCUCAGUUCAUUCGCCAAUUUUGCCAUUUCCGCCAUUUUGUGUUUCGCCCUUUUGUAAGCGGUUAAAUUAUUGUAAUUGACGCAACUAUUUUAAGUUAAGCAUAGUUAUAAGCGUGAAUUUGUGUGAGAAGUUUAUCCAUUGUGGUGAAAAGGAAGUUUAAACAUGGAGGAAGGAUUAAAACAGAAACUUGCUUCGCGAGGUUACCUAAAAGGUACGAUCACAAGAUUGCUACAAGUUUGUGAACAAGAUUUAUCUUCACAUUCAAUCGAAAUCUUAGAAGCAAAACGUGUCAGACUUGAAACAUCUUUCGCAGCGUACGAAAAGCUCAACCAAGAAAUAUUGUACUUGGAUGAAAAUGACAGCGAAAACGUCGAAACAACUGAAAGCAACUAUUUCGCUAUUCUAACAAAGCUAGACUCAGAAAUUAAAAAAAAGAUGUCAACUUCCUCCAUGCAAGCCUCCAAGUCACCUCACCAUAAUAUAACUAAGUUACCGCCAAUUACAAUCCAAACUUUCAAUGAUAACUCAACGGCAAAGGCGUACCAACUUGGGCGCUGUAUGGAAAUGGAGCCCAAACUUGAAGAUUUCUUGCUAUUCAUCGAGAAGCAAGCAAUGGCGCUGGAGAAUACUGAGCAGGGUCACACUUCCAACAACAACAAGGUGGUGGUGACUCACAUGACUACAGCAGCAUGCGGAUACUGUGCUCAUACCGAGCCAAGGAGGGGCACCUCGCGAGCUGACGGCGUUGCCCACGCAAGCGCCUGAGUCUACUGGGUCUCUGGCUCGUGAGCAACAAAGCAGCAACUACUCGUCAACUGCCACAAAGGAUAAUUCAGCUAAGCUAUUCAUAACCAAUACCCACUUCGGAAACAUUAUUGCAGGUACUGUCUCUCCUUUUCAAUUACCUAAACAAUGCCACAAAGUUGUUCUCAAAUGUGAGUUAGGGUUGAGUGACACUAUUGCUAACUUUUGGAGUACUGAAAAGGUCCCAGAAGUAUAUCCUGAGCAUUCUUCUGAGCAUGAACAGUGUGAGCAAAUAUUUAAAGAGUCCGUUCAGUUGAAAGACAGUAGAUUUCAAGUUGCAUUACCUUUAAAGUUACCUUUACCUCAAAUUAAUGACGUCCUUGGCGAAUCUUUUCAUUUGGCUCUCAAACGGUUCUAUAAUUUAGAAAAAAGGCUACAUGCAAAUCCUGAGUUAUUCAUGCUAUACAAAAAUUUCAUUCAUGAAUACUUAGCACUAAAUCAUGGUCACUACAUAGACAUUGAAAGUUAUGAUUUGAUGAAACAACCUGUUUAUUUUCUGCCACAUCAUGCGGUAAUAAAUGACAAUAGUAAAACUACUAAACUCAGAACUGUGUUUGAUGGUUCUAUGAAGUCAAGCAAUAAAGUAUCAUUAAAUGACUUACUAUUAAAUGGGCCUGUAGUUCAAAGAGAAUUAUUUGACAUAAUAUUGUUAUUUCGAUUAGGUGAUUAUACUUUCACUGCUGACAUCAAGCGCAUGUUUCGCAAUAUAAAAGUAGAUCCGGAAUACACUUCUCUUCAGAAUAUACUAUGGAGGGACGAUCCCACCGAGUCAGUGCAAUGCAUUCGAUUAGAUACUGUAACGUACGGGUUGAAAAGCAGUACAUACAUUGCCACUCGCUGUUUAGAUGAGCUAGCAAAUAGAUAUAGGGACGAAUUUCCUCUAGCCUCAUCCAUAAUUAAAAAUAAUGUGUAUUGUGAUGAUAUUUUAUUUUCUCACAAUGAUCUCGAAACUGUGUUUGCGGCACGUGACGAAUUGCGUAGAUUAUUGUCACUAGGUAGUUUUGAAACUCACAAAUGGAGCUCCAAUGACAGUCAAGUUCUAUCUGAUAUACCAAUCAAUGACUUGCAUUUUGAUAGUCUUGAUUUGCAAAAAGACAACUUUAAUAUGAAGGCUUUAGGUCUUACAGUAAAUGUGAAGCAUGAUCACUUCAUAAUAUCUUCACCACAGCCAUUUGAUUCAAACAAAAUCACUAAGAGAACUAUUUUGAGUUAUAUAGGCAAAUUCUAUGAUCCAAUGGGUUUUGUUAGUCCUAUUAUUGUCUCAGCCAAGUCUAUAAUGCAAAAACUUUGGCUGCAAAAAUUAGAGUGGAAUGACAGUCCCCAACCUGAGGUGUGUCAGGAGUGGCAAUCUUUUACAGCUGACUUAGCUGCAAUGAAACCAAUUUUAUUACAAAGAAAUUUAAGCAUUUCAGACGUUGACACAGCUGAAUUAAUCGGAUUCGCAGACGCAUCCAGUACGACUGGCUACGGCUGCUGCGUAUACCUUCGCUGGUCCAGCCCCACAGGUACUGUGAAUGUGCAAUUACUCUGCUCGAAGUCGCGCAUCAAUCCUAUACAAAAGAAAGGUAUGACUGUGCCAAAGUUAGAGCUAAAUGCUGCACUCAUACUUUCAAAGUUAAUUUUUAAAGUUUAUGAUGUUCUUAAAACAAAAAUUAAAAUUAGUAAUGUUUACUUAUUUACCGAUUCUAAAAUAGUCCUUGCAUGGCUUAGUACCGAUCCAACAAUGCUCAAAGCAUAUGUUGCAAACAGAGUAAUUGCCAUUCGCCAAACCUGCGAUCAAUGGGACUGGCUGUAUGUGAAGUCAGCUGACAAUCCUGCGGAUCUUGUAAGUCGCGGAACCAAGCCAGGUGAAUUGCUAGGGUGUGAUUUGUGGUGGCAUGGUCCUCAAUUUCUUCAAACUAGCGAGCUUGACUUUUCCUCUUGCUAUACGGGUCUACCUGUCGACUUACCUGAAGUGAAACUCUGCUCAGCCUUCUCCUGUAACGUUGUGUGUGACGAUUUCGAUCAGCUUGCAUUUAUAUUUCAGCGUUUGCAUGAUUGCUCAGAUAUACAUAAAAUGACUAGGUUUUUAGCUUAUA